ACAUAUCCCAGCAUGCUUAGCGCAAACACUCCCUCGACUUGUCAUUCGCGUUAGUUUGUGUUGUGUAUUUAGUGUUGUUCUUAAGUGUUUGUACAGAUUUGAAACAGACUGAAUGCGCGUGUUGAGCAGCUGUUAGCGACACAGACGCGAAUAUUAAAGACGUGUAAAAAGAAAUUAUAAAAAAAAGGUUUGUUUGGUUUCUCUUCCUGAAACUCACAGAAUGACGGAAGCUUUUUCAGCCGGUGAGCAGCACGCGCGUGUCCACAGCCGUAAAUCUGCCGGUUUUCUGGAGCGCGUGAGUGACAGCACGGGCGGCGUGAUCGCGGGUGUCUGUCUGUUCACCCUGUCUGUCUAUCUGCUGUUCACCAACGAGGGUCGAGCUGUACGCACCUCUCUCUCUCUGGAUGAGGGUCUCUCUCAGGUUGUGUCUCUUCAUUCAGAUGAGAGUUUGGAUCCUCAGAAUAACAAUCGUCUGUUCAUCAUGUCUGGGCCCCGCUGCACACAGCCCAAAAUCACACAUGUGCCUCAAGACUUUGAAAAAGACGGAGAGACUAAGACAGAAACCACAUACACAUACAACACCGAGUGGAAGUCAGAGGUCAUUAACAGUCGACACUUCGAUGAGGAGGUCGGACACAUGAACCCGAGUGCGAUGGCGGUGGAGAGCGUGACGGUGGUGGCUCCUGACGUGUGGGUGGGGAAACUCUUUCUAUCUUCAGGUUUAAUGGAGCAGAUCAAUGACUUCCACACGCUGAGUCUCAAAGGAUUUCCUGCGUUUGAUGCCAACACGUUUCUCACCGUGUAUGAAGAUUAUUUUUAUCACACUGCAAACCCUCGAAGACCAGAGGUGGGAGAUGUUCGAGUUUGCUUCGCUUACGCCGGUCUCAGUGGUGAUGGAAUGUAUCCUGGUUCCGCCCACAAGGUGAGUGUUGUGGCCAUGCAGCGAGGUGAUCAGUUAAAGCCGUUUAAGACUCGCGCUGGAGACACGCUGGAGAUCUUGUACAUGGACGAGCUGUCAGCAGAGGGGGUGUUUGCUAAAGAGCAGCAGGUGAAUGUGAUGAAGACGUGGGGUUUGAGGGUGGCAGGAUGGGUGCUCAUGUUUCUGGCCGUCAGUCUGUCCACACGCAUCAUCUACACACUGGUGGAUUGGGUUCCGGUUCUCAGAGAGUUGGUAUCUGUGGGUUUGAAGCUGUUUGCUCUCUGCGUCUCAUCGUCUCUGUCUCUGCUCACCAUCGCUGCCGGUUGGAUGUUCUAUCGGCCGCUGAUGGCCGGACUGAUAGCAGUCCUUGCGCUCCUGCCCGUUCUCAUCACACGCGCCAGAGCUCCGGCCAAGAAAUCACAAUGAUUCUUUUAACCCCUUAGCAUACAAAUACCAGUCAAAACGAGAUCUUCAGAAUGCUACGGGGUUAACAUGUGAUGUUUGUUUGUCGUUGUGAUUGCUGGAUCUGUUUCAGUUCAGGUGUCUUUAGGGUCAAGUUGUUUGUUACAUGAUCUGCUCUCAGCGUCCUGCGAUGACAAACACAGCCAUCUGGUUUUGCUCAUUGUUAGUUCUCAAUAUCUCUUAUACUAUUGUUACGUCUAAAAGAUGAUGAUGGUGGUGGUGUUUGACUCUUUGGACUCAUUUUCUUCGUGUAUUGUAUGUUUAUAAAAUAAAUUUUCAAUAAAGAUGUGUGAACAACCUGAAAAAGAAAAGCUGAUUUGUGUUUCU